AUGGCGCUCACCAAACCAGCGCUCAUACUUUGGCCAAUGGAUGGCGCCAGCAUUCCCGCGAAUCGUGGAGGACCGCAUGCACGCUAUGAAGAUCAAGGACAAGAUUUACUUCCGUUGGAGAAGAGGAUGUAUAUCAGUAUCAGUCGAUCGGCCAAGUGCGGUCGGGUUUUCCCUCGUGGUGAGAUGACUGACGUCUAUUAUGAAGGAACGACCGGGUGCACUCCUGAAAGUAACUCAGGCCUCUUGAAAAUUAAAAAUUCUGAUGUCGAAAUCGAAGCUCAAGAGAGGCUUGCUCAUGUCAUCGUUGGUCUAUCCCCGCCGCCGCGGGUGCGCAGCAACGCCUUGGCAAUCUUUGCAAACUUAGGCCGUUCUUCUUUUUGUACAUUAGCAAUUAUUGCUCAUCGAGGGCGAGGCUUCGAGGAGUGCUGUGGUUGCGCAGGUUCUCUACAGCACUUGGUUGUUCAGAUGAGCUCGCCCACAUCACAAGAAGACGCCGGUAUUGCUACGAACACUCUUCACGACUGUGUCUCCCCCUUCCCCCUCCCCUUUCUUUUCAAAAUUUGCGCCCCAAUCUCUUCCAAACCGGCCGGGGGUCGGGGGUCGCCUGCCGACCACGACGACGACGACCCGUUGGCACGGGCACUCGCACCGCCACCCGACGAAACCCCUGAACAACGACGACUACGGCUUGCUGCAGAGGCAGAGGCGAAGAAGAUCAGCGAUGAGAUCGACGAGAGGUUGAGGAGGGAGAGAGAAGCUGACAAAAAGAAGAAGAGGCCCGUCAAACUGUUGCUAUUGGGUCAGAGUGAAAGUGGGAAGACGGCCACACUCAAAAACUUCCAGUUGACCUAUGCACGGAAGGAAUGGGCAGAGGAGCGGGCUUCCUGGCGCUCGGUGAUCUUCCUCAACCUCAUCCGGAACGUCAAUGUUAUCCUCGAACACCUCAAUGCCGAGAUGUUCGACUACCCAAUGGUCAACGAUGAUUCACAAGAAGACCUUCAGGUCGUCCCCAGAAGCCUGCCCAGACUGGCAUUCACAGAGCUUCACCGACGGUUGCGAACCGACCUCGCGCAUUUGGAACGUGUUCAGAAGGACCUCGAGGCGCGGCUAGGUUCGGCUAGUCUCGAGCUGCAUUCCACGAACGAGACGUCUGCUGCCCCAUUUGCAGAAUAUAUGGAGGGAGGGCGUCGUGGUGAAUUCGGGAUUCAUUCUUCGAAUGGUUGGAAGUCUGCCCUUACGAAAUUCCGGACACUACGGUCGACCACACAAACAGACUCGGACAGCAACUCCAGCCCUGUGGCAACGUCGCCAUCGAGGGGAAACCGCGAUUGGGUGGAUGAAAUUGCGGAGACGCUGGAGAGUUGCCGAGAGGAUAUCAAGAUACUUUGGGAGGACCCAAUCAUUAACGAGAUGAUGAUUCGGCGAAAGCUUCGGUUGGAGGACCAACCGGGAUACUUCAUCCCAGAUGCAGACCGAAUAGCAUCGAGGUUCUACCAACCGACUGACGAUGAUGUGAUUCGAGCCCGUCUAAGAACACUCGGUGUACAAGAAUACAAGUACAUCUUUGACCAUGGUCGGACGGUGGGUCAAGAAUGGAGGUUAUACGAUGUGGGAGGCACGAGAAGUAGUCGAGGCGCGUGGUAUCCUUACUUUGAUGACGGUAUGCACACCCCCACACCACUCAACGUUGCCCGUUCUAAUCGCUUCUCAGUCGACGCGAUCAUCUUUUUGGCCCAACCUUUGUCUCGUUUUAGACCAAUAUCGCCAUUUGACGAGAAGUUGGCCGAAGACAAGCGUGUCAAUCGACUUGAAGAUAGCUAUCUACUGUGGCGAUCGGUGUGCGCGUGCAAACUUCUAUCGCGAACACAGCUCAUCCUAUUCCUGAACAAAUGCGAUCUCCUACAAGCCAAGCUUUCCCGAGGUGUGCGGAUAAGGGACUCGGUACCAAGCUACGGCGAUAGGAAAAACGAUCAUACGACGGCCACGAAAUAUUUCCAACAGCAUUUCAAGGAGAUUGCCCGCCAGCAUUCGCCAGUUCAACGCCCGUUCUAUGUGCAUCUUACAUCAGUCAUUGUUCUUUCUGCUUCCUCUUGGCGUGGCUUCGCGCCCGCUAUGGGUCCUGCGGGAUACACGGUCCACUGCGGUGACGCUUGGAGCUGGUGGGUUCUUUGGUUCUUGUGCUAUAGAUACCUCAAUACUGACAACUCGCUUCUUCUCCAAACCCACUGGAUUCUGAUUAUCUGCGGUGCCUUUGAUGAAUCAUAG